AUGCAUCUCCCGCCGGAAAUCCACGACGAAAUCCUCCGCUAUCUGGACCGACAAGACAUAGGCAUAUACCGCCUCGUCGGCCGCAGCUUCGCUACCGCAGGAACACCACAGUUAUUCGAGCGCCUGCACUUCCGCACCUCGCUCGAAAGCCUGCAGCGCCUCGCGCACAUCUCCAAGCGCGACUGCGGCGGCCACGUCAAGCACCUCCUCUGGAACACCACGGGCGCUGAGUUUGAAGCACGAGCGUUCAUGGAGGGGCUCCGCACACGUGAGCUGAAGUACAUCCUCGGGCGCCUAUCCCUUGACACGCCCACACGCACAGUCACAGCUGUGGGAGAGCAAGUGGACUUGAGCCCCAGCCUGGGCGCCUUCCUCCUAGCCGCCAUCUUCUCCGGCUUCCCCAACUUAAAGAGUCUCUACGUCCUGACCUUGCGCACUUCCCCCAGCGCCUACGGCAGCGACGGCUGGGUGCAGAGAGAAUUCGACGCCACGUCCGACCCCUGGCCCGCAGCCUGGAAAGCAACACACGGGUGUCCGCGCUGCCAAGGUCUCUGCCAGGCCGUCGUGUCAACAGGCAGCUACGAAAUGCAAGUCGGGGCGCUUGCCGCGCACGCCACGGGCCACCCGCUCACGGCGCUGCGCGUCGAGCAUUUGUAUCCGGCUGGGGUGGUGGUGACGGGGUACGAGAAGGCGCUAGCGCAUAUCACGAGCUUGGAUCUGGUGCUGGGCAUGCGCAAGAAGGAUGUAGGUUCCGUUCAGCGGAUGCUCAGGGCAACACCACACCUGCGCGUGCUCAAGCUGUGGCUGAACUCUGGGAGCUAUUGGGCCGACGUCGACCAUGAUACGCCGCUGCCGAAUCUCGCGGAUAUGCUCCUUGGGCAGGAUAGCCUCACAGAGCUUCGUGAGCUCGAGGUGCAUCAAUUCGAUGUGGCGCCGGCCUUCCUAGAGGCUUUUUUGCUGAGUCAUGCCAGGACGUUGAGGGUGCUCAAAAUGCAUCGCAUGAAGCUCUAUCCGAGGGGAUCUUGGAUCGCGCUGUUUGGGCUGUUGAAGGGGAAAUUGGCGCUCGAGGUGGGUUGGGUACGGAGAAAGUUGGGAUAUGGAUGA